AUGGCCAGCACCAGUGGAGUCAGGAAACCACCUCGAAGUCAUGAUGUGCACAGCUGGACAACCUCAACAACCAACACCAUGUGUGGCAGCUACUACGGAGGCUGUGGCUAUGGAGGCUGUGGUUAUGGAGGCUGUGGCUAUGGAGGCUGUGGUUACGGAGGCUGUGGCUAUGGAGGCUGUGGCUAUGGAGGCUGUGGCUACGGAGGCCUGGGCUAUGGCUAUGGCUCCAGCUAUGGCUGUGGCUUCCGCAGACUUGGCUGUGGCUAUGGCUGUGGCUAUGGCUAUGGGUCUCGCUCCCUCUGUGGCUGUGGCUAUGGCUGUGGCUCUGGCUACCGUUCUGGCUUUGGCUGCUACUAUUGA